UUAAACAAUGUGAUGAAACCACCGAACGCAAGUGUGCGAAACGUGUAACCCACUUUAAUCUCUUCUCACAAAAAACACAGAAAAAGAAAAGGAUUGCAUUAGACAUUUAAUGGAUCAUCAAGUAAAAUUUGUGGUGGAAGCCUCGGAGGCUGAGUCGAUUACCCAGAAACUGGGCCUACCCUCAGUCCGGCACCUUCUCCCUGUGUUGGUUGAACCGGCCCAGAGCCUUGCCCGGCCACCCAUCUCCAAUUACCACGUCGGCGCCGUUGGCCUCGGCUCUGACGGCCGUCUCUUCCUCGGUGUUAACCUGGAAUUCCCUGGCCUACCACUUAAUCACUCCGUCCACGCCGAGCAGUUUCUCCUGACCAACCUCGCGGUCCACAACUGCCCCCGCCUCGUCGCAUUCGCCGUCUCCGCCGCCCCCUGCGGCCACUGCCGACAGUUCCUUCAAGAACUCCGAAACCCUUGCUCUCUCCAAAUCCAUAUCACAUCUCAACAUCAAAACAAUCAUUUCGAACCAUUGCGUGAAAUCCUGCCCAACCCAUUUGGUCCAUUCGAUCUCCUGGAUGACGAAACUCCUUUGCUCCUCGAGCGUCAUAAUAACGGUUUGUCCCUGCUGGAUCGUGAUGGAGGAGAUCUGUGCAACGGGUUCGAUUCAAAUCCCCAAUCUAAGAGAUCGGGAAAUCUUCUAACCACCAAUGGGUUUUGCAAAUAUGCCGAAACGGAGAGGAGUACCCUUCUAAAAAUUGCAGCUUUGAAAGCUGCUAACAAUUCACAUGCACCUUAUAGUGGUUGUCCAUCAGGGGUGGCAAUCAUGGAUUGUGAUAGCAAGAUUUAUAAAGGUUCUUAUGUGGAAUCUGCCGCUUAUAAUCCAAGUUUAGGGCCAGUGCAAGCGGCAUUGGUGGCCUUUGUGGCCGGAGGAGGGGGUGGAUAUCAACGGAUUGUGGCAGCAGCUUUGGUGGAGAAGGAGACAGCUAAUGUAAGGCAAGAGGAUACUGCUAGGCUCUCUCUCAUGUUGAUUUCUCCUCAAUGUGACUUUACAGUUUUCCACUGCUGCUCUUUUGAUGAAAAUGGGUGUAAAAAUGAUUGAAGAUUUAACCAAUAUUUGUUCAUUCUACAGUUGCAACUUGGUUUGUAAAAGUAUAUCCACUUUGAUGAUUAUCAAUGAAAUUAAUAAUAAUAACAUAUUAAUCCACAAUCCUUUUAGGAUUCA